CUCCUCUGUGGUCCAUUCCCAUCGUUACACGAUCUGUAACUGGCCUGAAAAACAGUUAACACUCCAUCUCCGAGUACCUCUCUGUUUUUUUGAGUACUUGGGCUUCAAAUUGGCCGAUUCCAAUUCUCAAAUCUGUAUAGAAAUCCCAGAACAAAUUAGGGGAUGGAAGACUCAUACUCUGUUUGUAGUCCCAGAAGAAUUCUGAGUGUGUCAAAGAAGAGGAGGGAGGCAACAGUGUCCUUUGCAGAUGCUGAUAUUAAGGCUUCUGGGUUUCACGGUCCCAAACCUGCUGAAGUGUAUGGCUUUGUGGGUUCUAUUACAACUGUUGUGGCUACAGUUAUUCUCUUGGUGUGGGCAUAUGUGCCAGAGUCUUGGCUACAUUGGAUUGGAAUCUUUUACUACCCCAGCAGGUAUUGGGCAUUGGCUGUGCCAGCUUAUGCAAUGAUGACUGUAGUACUGGCGUUAGUAUUUUACUGUGGCCUCAACUUCAUGUCCACCCCUCCGCCAUCCUCCUUAUAUACAGUAUAUGAUGAAUUUAGUAGAGAUCCUGUAAGCUCUGGUCAAAUGGCUGACUUGUACCCAAGUGAGUUCUUUCCUAAAAAAAUGGAAGUCCUGAAAUUAGUUAAUAGUUUUACCCGAGCAAGAAAAAAUCCUUUGAUAGUAACAAUAUGCCAAGAAGAAAUAUUGGACGUACAAAGAGGGCAAGAAGCAUAUUCAGCAAUACAAAGAGGGCAAGAAGCAUUAUCAGCAAUACAAAGAGGGCAAGAUGGAUUAUCAGCAAUACAUAGAGCGCAAGAUGGAUUAUCAACAAUACAUAGAGCGCAAGAGCAUUAUCAGCAAGACAGAGAAAGAAAGAAGCACGAUCAGCUAUACAAAGAGAGCAACAAGCAUUAUCAGCAGUACGAAGAGAGAAACAAGUAUUAUUAGCAAUAUGACUUCUGAAUCAGAAUUUGUUUGUAAAUGUAGACCCCUAAGAAACUAAUCAGUCAAGGAAGAGAUAUUGCACUUUAGGAGAACCAUAAAGUUUCCGACCUGAAUUCCAGUUGUUGGUAAAUGUAGGAAGUAAUGUCUAAACUAACUGGCUUGGUGGCUGUGAAGUGUUCUAGUUAUGCGUCUCAGUUGGAGCUGUUAUGCUCCUUGGUCAUGCUAUGGUGCUUGUGUUCUUGGUCCUUCAGAACUUGCUGGCAUGCCCUUGUUGCUGGAUUCCAGCUUGUCUUGGAGUUGUCUAUUUAAGCUUGACAAUGAAGUCAUGCCCUUGUUGCUGGAUUCCAAGGAUUCCAGCUUGUCUUGGAGCCGUCUAUUUAAGCUUGACAAUGAAGUCAUGAUGACUGUGGUUUAUGGCAUACUAGCUUUUUUCCCGUGCUGCAGUGCAUGUGCAGAGACUCGGAAAGUCACGUAAAAGAAACGGAGCAGAACUGCUUAAUUUUGGUUUAUCAGUUUAUCCACUUCCUUUUAGACGUGAGAAUUUGGAAUUAAUGCAGUUUAUUAAUCCUGUACUUCUCCUAUUACUCGUCCACAAUUAUC